AUGUCAACACCACCACCACCACCACCACCGCCACCGCCUCCACCACCCCCUCUGUAUAUUCCUACAUUUGUCAUUGGGCUUUCAGUGUCAACACUACUAGACCGUCAAGAGCCUGGUCCUUCCCGUCCCUCACGCACUCGACCUCGAUGUAAUCCUACACAAGCUCUUCAUGGCGGAAAGAGCAAAGUCAUCACCCCUCCUUAUCCAUGGGCAACCAACCACCCCGCCACUGUGCACAGUCUUUACAAACUCUUAUCCAUGGGCAUCCACGCUAUACCGGGGAAAGUAAAAUGCAAGAGAUGCGAAAGCCACUAUGAAAUGGAGUUCCAGCUUGAAAGCAAAUUCACAGAGGUUGCAGCAUUCAUCACAGCAAAGAAGAGCACGAUGCACGACCGGGCUCCUAGAGAAUGGAUGAAUCCACUGCUCCCCACAUGUAGGUAUUGUGAGCAGGUCAAUAGCGCCAAGCCCAUUAUAGAUCGGAAGAAAAGGAAAAUCAAUUGGCUUUUCCUGUUUCUUGGACAGAUGCUCGGGUGUUGCAGUAUGGAUCAACUGAAAUACUUUUGUAAACACACCAAGAAUCAUCGUACAGGUGCUAAAGAUCGGGUUCUUUAUCUCACUUAUCUUGGACUGUGCAAGCAACUCGAUCAUACAGGUCCUUUUUGA